AUGUCCGAAGGGGAGGAGGAAGAGGGCGAAAGUGGGGUCGAUCUAGACAACACUAUCCUAGGGGGUAAUUUUUGUUCAACUUUCCUAAAGGGAUGGGAAGGCCGCGGGCCUGUCCGGCCCCCUCUAAAUCCGCCCCUGAGCGCACGAAAGCUUAAUCUGUCACUCGCUAUAUUUUCUGCUCAGGUGUACAACUUAACUGACACCAUGCGUUUCUUAUUCAUUGUGGUGGUUGCUCUUUUUGGAGCAUCCGAAGCCUGGGACAACGUUCUCACAAAAGACUUGUAUUUUACCUGCCCCACACAUCAAGCGAUAUGGAAAGUGGAAUCUCAGCACGCCAACCACGAUCCAGACGACAGAUAUUUUGACUUUCAUUGCAGGGAUUUCCCAUCUUUUUUCGACUUCUGUUCUUGGACCAACUUCAUUAACUUAUAUGGAACGCCAGGGUUGUUUUCCUGUGGUGAUAACAAAGUGAUUGUCGGUGCACAUAGCAUUUUCAGUCAAAAAAACUACGAUCGUCAGUAAGUCUUUGAAAAUUACCGUAAUUUCUGAA